GCCGCGGGCCCCGACGACCCCGGCGGCACCUUCGUGCAGCGCCAGCUGGGCGCCAUGCUCCAGCCGGCCGUCAACAAGUUCUCCCUGCGCAUGUUCGGCAGCCACAAGGCCGUGGAGAUCGAGCAGCAGCGCGUCAAGUCCGCCGGGUACUGGAUCAUCCACCCCUACAGCGAUUUCAGGUUCUAUUGGGACUUGAUCAUGUUGCUACUCAUGGUGGGGAAUCUGAUCAUCCUGCCAGUAGGCAUCACAUUCUUCAAGGAUGAGAACACCCCGCCUUGGAUCGUCUUCAACGUCCUCUCAGACACCUUCUUCCUGGCCGACCUGGUCCUGAAUUUCCGGACGGGCAUCGUGGUGGAAGACAACACCGAGAUCAUCCUGGACCCGCACACCAUCAAGAUGAAAUACCUCAAGAGCUGGUUCCUGGUCGACUUUGUCUCUUCCAUCCCUGUUGACUACAUCUUCCUCAUCGUAGACCUGGAGACCCAGGUGGAUUCAGAUGUCUACAAAACGGCCCGGGCACUCCGCAUCGUCCGAUUCACCAAGAUUCUCAGCUUGCUCCGCCUCCUACGGCUCUCGCGGCUCAUCCGUUACAUCCACCAAUGGGAGGAGAUCUUCCACAUGACCUACGACUUGGCGAGCGCCGUGGUGCGGAUCUUCAACCUCAUUGGGAUGAUGCUUCUGCUGUGUCACUGGGAUGGGUGUCUGCAGUUCCUGGUACCCAUGUUGCAGGACUUCCCGGAGGACUGCUGGGUCUCCAUCAACCACAUGGUGAACGACUCUUGGGGUAAACAGUACUCCCACGCCUUGUUCAAGGCCAUGAGCCACAUGCUGUGUAUCGGGUACGGGCAGCAGGCGCCCGAGGGCAUGACGGACGUUUGGCUGACGAUGCUGAGCAUGAUCGUGGGCGCCACCUGCUACGCGAUGUUCAUCGGCCACGCCACCGCGCUCAUCCAGUCGCUGGACUCCUCUCGGCGCCAGUACCAGGAGAAGUACAAGCAAGUGGAACAGUACAUGUCCUUCCACAAAUUGCCGGGAGACACGCGCCAGCGGAUCCACGAGUACUACGAACACCGUUACCAGGGCAAGAUGUUUGACGAGGAGAACAUCUUGGGGGAACUGAGCGAGCCCCUCAAAGAGGAAAUCAUCAACUUCAACUGCCGCAACCUCGUGGCCAACAUGCCGCUUUUCGCCAACGCCGAUCCCAACUUCGUGACGGCCAUGCUGACCAAGCUGCGCUUCGAGGUCUUCCAGCCAGGGGACUUCAUCAUCCGGGAGGGCACUGUGGGCAAGAAGAUGUACUUCAUCCAACACGGCGUGGUCAGCAUCCUGACUCGUGGCUCCAAGGAAAUGAAGCUCUCGGACGGCUCCUACUUUGGAGAGAUCUGUCUCCUCACUCGCGGCCGGCGCACAGCCAGCGUGCGGGCCGACACCUACUGCCGCCUCUACUCGCUCUCGGUGGACAACUUCAACGAGGUCUUGGAGGAAUACCCCAUGAUGCGCCGGGCCUUUGAAACCGUCGCCAUGGACCGGCUGGACCGCAUAGGUAAGAAGAACUCAAUCCUGCUGCGCAAGCGAGCGGAACACAGCUCCAGCACCGUGAACAACGAGAUCAUCCAGCAGAUCGUCAAACACGACCAGGACAUGGCAUACAACAUCCAGGACUUGCAGCCGGUGAUGGCCGGGCGGGAGCUGAGUGGCAAACCAGUGAUCUGGGAGCCGCUGGUCCACGCCCCGCUCCAGACGGCCGCCGCCACCACCAACGUGGCCAUCGCGCUGACGCACCAGCAAAGCCUCGCGGCUCACAUCUUCCUGCCCCCGUCCUCCUCCGUGUCCAGCCCUCUCUCCCCCGACGCCGUCCUGAUUCCCCGCCACCCCCGGCACUCCCAGCCCAGCCUGGGCGGCUCUCGCCCUUCCUCGGUCAGCUCGCCCGCGUCAGGGGCCCAGUCCCACUUACAAACGCCGGCUGCUGGGUCCCCGUCCUCGCCCAUGGUUCAGGGCACGUCGCCUCUGGAAAGCGCCGGGCCCAGAGGCAUCCCCCUGGGACCCCCCAUCCCUCGGCCAGUCCAGAGGGGAGAAGCCGUCCCGGGAGGAAGCCAGCCUCAGCUCUCCAAGUCCCGCGGCACGUCCGUCUCCACCUCGCUUCUGCAACAGCCGGCGAGCGCCUCGUCCCUCCCUCCCGGACGAACUCUCCAUUACAGCCUCUCCCGGGCCACCGGGUCCCACAUUUCCCUGUUUUUGCAGCCUCAGCAGCUGGUGAGACACCGCAGCACGCAAGGCCUUUCGGUGGGCCGCCUCACCCAGGAUGUCCGGCCGCUUUCGGCCUCCCAGCCCUCCUUGCCUCACCGGCUCACUCAGCAGGCGGACAUGGGCCCCUCCCAGCAGGCCAGGAAGUCGGCCGGGAAUCUGACGCACCGGUCCUCUCCUUCAGUCCCGGGGCUCCUAGCCAAAGCAGCCUCUGGUGUGGCCGUCCGGCCCGCUCUGCCACAGCAGGUGCCUUUGGGUUCCAGCCGCUCCGCGAGCGGGGCUAGCACCCCGCAGUCCCCUGCCUCGACGCCGCGUCCCACCGCCACCCCGUCCCGAAAGGGUUCCGUGGCGUUCAGCCCCGACGUGGACACUGGGAAACCUAAGCUCGCAUCCAACAUGUGAGGCCACGAGAACCCAGGGCUACGCCUUCAGAUGUAGGAGGGAGAAACGCCAGCCCAAAGGAAAAGCAGGCCUUUGGGGCUGAGCCAGAGGGGGCAGGAACGGGCACUUGGAGCGUUCGCCGCCACGGGGCAGGCUAUCAGCCCCCCAAAGCCAGGUCUGAGUGAAGACAGGGAAGAGUUAUUCCCUCAGAGAGCCCAUGCCGUCCUGGCGCUCACUGAAGGCUGAGCUGAACCCCACCUGGCCCCCGUGGGUGGAGGGAAGCUGGGCCCACGUGCCCCCCCAGUUGGUCUUUGUGUGGGGAAACCACCCUUGGGAGGGUAGCCCCACCUCAUCUCUGCCCUUUCAGGUGUGGUACCUCCACACACCCUUCCUGGGCCUGCCCUUGAUGGGGGGCUGUGAGCUUGGCCCCACAAGUGUCUCCAAGCCCUCCCAUGGGGCUC